AUGUUCAAGCUAUUCAAGGAUCUAACCCGAGCACCAGAAUCACUCACCCCACCUCCUUCCACGCCUGCCGCCUCCUCUACUCCCGUACCGUACGCUACUAGAUCCAGGUCAAACACCAGGGCACGAAGCAAAUCGCCCGCUCCGGCGGGAUUGGGCAGAUCGAAAUCCCCCGCUCCUCCCGGAGGACCAUCUGCCCAUGGGCAUGAUGGAGCGGGCGAUAGUGGUUGGUCGAUAGGGACAGAGCUGGCAGUAAAAGAUGAGGAGAGCGAAGAUGAAGAUGAGACUGAUCAAGAUGCGAUCAAAGUUGUUGAAUAUCUUAGGGAGAUAAGGGGUUUGGAAGAUGGGUCGGAUGUCAUGCGAUACGUCGAAACUUUCUCCCAACUCCUAUCGAUACCUUGUCAUUUUAUCUCUCGAAGAGCUUUCCGUCGUCAUACUGGAUUCCGAACAUUGCUCCUCUCCCUCAGCGAAGGUCUAGCCUGGACUUCUAAGGGAGACUCGAAAGCUACGUUAAACGAGGAAGAAUGGCAAGUACGUGAGAUACAGCGAAUGGAGGGUGUCAGAUUAGCUUUCGAGGUACUGGCUUGGUCAUUGGGGGAUAGACAAAGUGAACAACAUUUCGAGUUAAGCAUGAAACUCGGCGGAUAUAUGUUACUGCUACCCAGUCUAUCCAAACUCUCACCUCCCUCUGAAUCUCCAAAUUCACAGAUCAUAGCACUUCUGCUCGCUCAUAUCUGCAAUAACAACUAUUCGAUCCUAUCUCUCUUCCAGUCACCUCCGACCACCUCAACUUCCACUUCGGAUCAAUCUAUUUCAUCCAUUAUCUCACAACGUCUGGGUGACCUGAAUAUCCGUCCAUCGACGAGUGGAGCGUUGAAAUUACUUUGGGCAUACAUUCGAAGGGGGGAUGAAAAAGGUAAAGGUAAACGGCGUCAAUCUCAUAUGGGAAGUUCUUUCGAAGGCGAAGAAGGCAGUGAUCAACAGCGUCUGAUUGAAAUUACAUUUCAAGUUAUAUUUGUUGUAGCUUCAGCAUCAACUCUCAACUUGUUUGCCAUUGUUACGCAAUUACCUCAAUUAUCUGAAUUUUUGGUCGUACGACUAUAUGGUAUACCUGAAAAGAGAACAUAUGAAGUUACCUUCCCAGCUAGAGACGAUUGGAUACAAGCAGAUUCUUCCCCUGAAGAGGAACAGGUAGAAGAAUGGAAACCUCCUUCGGACAGCCUGCGGAAGAUCUAUUUAGCCUUGUUUAGGAGAUUGUUAGAAGCUGGUGUUACCCAGACUUUAGUUUGGAGAUUAUUUGGAUUGGUCAAAACAACCUCACCUGUCGUCGUCGAACAAGGAGAUCCAGAAAAUAGUGGAAGUUGUAACAAUAAUGGCGAAGACGAAAACGAAGUGAAUAUAGCUUCCCCUUCAGAUCUCUCCCCUCCUUCAGGGGUACUCACUUCCCCCGAGCCUAUACUGGAUACACCGAAGGUAAAACCAAAGGGCAAACCACACCUGCAUAUCGAUGUCGAUAGAUUACCACCUGAUGAAGAGAGAUUACAUUUAGAAGUUUUGGAUCUACUAAAACAUGCGAUGAAAGCUCGCUGGCCUGAUGUGUUCGUGUUCAAAGGUGGAAAUGGAGAUACUCUUGGGGGGUUGCAGUUGAAAGAGACAGGUAGAACUUGGAUGGGAGGUCACAAAGGGUUCAACUUUUCUUGUUGGCUGCAUAUAACCAAAUUGAACCAACCCUUAACCCUAUUUCACAUGUCCCAAAAGGAUUCCAGACAACCUUUAUUCCAAAUACGGAUACUUGAAAGCUCCCAGAUAGGUAUAACGACCUCUGUACAUUCACAUGACACAGCUUCUUCUCAACCAUCCACUCCCCUCUCCGAGACUGCUCCACCUUCACCAAGUGACGGAGAGAUGAUCUGCGGAGCCAAUGACGCCUUGAUACCGCAUUUCCAAUGGGUUCAUUUCUCCGUGGGGUGUAGGAAACCGAAAGGAGCGGAUUUAGGUGAAAUCAGGAUAUUCGUAAAUGGUCUAAGAGUGGGAGCUAUGAGAAUGCCCUUCCCCGUACCUUCCGCCGUCACUUCAACGCAGCCUCCCCAGCUAGGUGUGAGAAGUGAGAUACCGAGGGAUGCUAUUCGGAUAGCGAUUGGGAGAGAAUAUAGACCUGAGGAAGAGGAAGUGAAACCUCGAAAAUCAGGUUCAGUAGGACGAGAGGAGGAAAAUGAAUGGAUGCUUGGUAGGAUCCUGUUAUUGGAGGAGGCUGUCCCUGAGGAUCUGGUGAGGCUGAUGCAUCAUCUUGGUCCGAGGUACACCGGUAAUCUACAAGAACCACUUGGAAAGUUUCUGACGUAUGAAGGAGCAACUUCGAUCAAUAUUUACCUCAGCAACUUGGCCAGAGUAGGAAACGAUAAGAAGAUAUUCACCCAUUCAUCCAAUUCCAUCCUUGUUCGAGCUAUACGGAGUGGACCAGCUAUACCAGAAGAUAUAAUUAUCCUUUCGCUCGCUGCUAGAGAUUACGAUCCUACCCUUGGAGCAUGUAUCAAUGCUGCUAUUCCACAUCCACUGCGUGCCAAACAGCUUCGUCAUGGUACCGCUCGAUUGGUUGGGAAUAUCAGUCCGUUUUCAGCUACGAGUUUGGACGACAGUACCAUUGCGGUCGGUGGGGGAUUAGUACUUCUGAAAUUAGUUGAUCUCAGUCGUACGAAGGAGGAAUUGAUCACCACUUUGGGAAUGUUCAGGGAUAUGAUUAAAGAUAGUUGGUCAGCUAGUGAGGAGAUGGAACGAAUACAUGGGUUUGACCUUCUUGCGGCCAUCCUCAGACCCAAGAUGUCGCAGUUAUUCGAUGAGCAAUGUGCGAAGAUCCUGCUUUCGAUGUUGGGUAUCAAUAUGGAUAAACCUGCCACGGCAACAGUACAUAAUUCCGUAGCUUACAGAGCUCUCGGGCUGGAGUUCGAGCUUUGGUCUUAUGCCUCAGAUGACGUGGUCCGAUUCUACUUGAAACAUUUCGAAUACCUCUUAUCAACUUCGAAACAUAAGAGAUUCAACGUAUUGAGAACUUUCCAGAAAUCUGCUGUGGUGAAGAAGAUGUUAUAUGCACUAAGGUCUGGUCUGUUCGAUUUAGAGAUUGUACCUGAUGUAGUUGACGCGUUGAGGUUGGCUCUGGAAGCAAGAUGGAGUGGUGAAGAUGCUAUCAAACCUGUAUUUUCAUACCUGGUCUCCUCUCUAUGUCAGAAUAACAUGUCUUUCAGUUUGAACCCUACAAAUGAACCACCUCCUUACCAAGUACCUGCAGCUCUUAUACUCAACAUGAUCGCUUCUUUGUGCGCCGACAAGGCCCGGUUGAAAAAACUGAACAAGUCCGUUGCCUUGCAUCGACUGUUGGUCAUUUUUAUCUCUUCCAACGCAUCAUAUUACGUUGUCAUACCAUGUCUGGAAAUCUUGGAAAGGUGUACUUCAGCAACAUCAUCUUCAUCUUCCGAUCAAUUCCAGAGGGCGUUCGAGAAUGAAGGUGGUUUUGCAUUACUUGCUACUACACUCGCACCCAUAUGGAGAUCCGAUAUCCAGACUAUGGUAAUUAGGAUGAUGCUUGGUGAAGAUCGUAAUACAAAAUCUCUACAAUCACCUCACAUGGCUACUUGUGUACUUGCUGCUUUGGACUCGAUGCUUCAACAAGCUGGAGAUUCCGAUGAUGCGGGAUAUAUGCCUUCCUUACAAGGCCGAAGAAGGUCGGUCGCUUCUAUUAGGUCAAUGAGCUAUUUGUCGGCGGUAAAUGAUAACUCGACCGGCAGCGAUGAUAAUCGAUUAGAGGGUUUACUCAAAGAGAUCACCUUGAUAUACCGCUCUUCCUCCGGAUUCCGCAAACAGUUCACAUCAAAGAAGGUCGAAGCUCUCUUACCUAACAUAGCAGAUUUCGCGGCUGUUUCAGCAGGGUCGACCGGGAAACCAGAAAUCAUCAGAGGACAGAGAGAAGCUGCAGCUGAGUUGAUGACGGCGCUGGUAGAAUCGGCCAAAUUACCAGUGGCAUUGGUCAAUCAGAUCAAACUCCUUGUUGAGCAGCUUUCCACUCAACCACCGUCACCUAAAGCUACAACUUCAUCAUCAUUCAUCAUGUCUCCUACAUCACCUAGAAUAGGAGGAUCUUCUUCAUAUUUUGGACAAUCCUUUUCCGGUAGAUUCGGUUCUUCCCCUGUUAGUACACCUGGCAUAGGUGGUGGUCCAUCCAGAAGAAGACCGUCCAUGGAUAUGCCUGGAUUUACAAAGUCCAGAUCAAUUAUGGAACAACGAGUACCCCUGAAAAGAGUGAUCACGGGAGAAUCGAUAUUGGAAGGUGGCAAAGAUAAGAAUGCUGCUUGGAAGAUGAUCAUUAUACAAACUGACUUGCAAAGCCAUUCUAAGAUGACCUUGGAGAGGAAGGAACAUUGGCAGAAGCUCUCUUCGAUCGACUGGCCUAGACAAGCAGCGGCGCUGCGAGCGGAGAAUGGACUAUGGCCAGAGAAGGAAGACAAAGUUUAUUGGCGUCUGGAUGGGAGUGAGGGACCUCUCCGUAUGAGAGCUCGACUGGAAAGAGUUACCAACCUUCCUGAAUCUGGAGUAUCGCGCACUCGACAUAAGCUGAGAGAUGCCAUUCCAUCUGUCGAUGAGCUGUCCUCAGCAGUAUCGAAAAUCAACGUCGCACCAUGGGAAGACCCAUUUGCCCUGGCUUUAGGUGACUCGGCACCUAUAGCAGAAGAAGAACCGCUCUUACUCCCAUCUACCACAUCCGGAGGGGCCGCUACGCCUUCGGCGGGAAGUGGGACUGGAAAUGGGGCAGGCUCGAAUCAGGCCCCGAGUGUAGCUUCGGAUGAAAAUGGAGAGAUUGAGAGUUACCUGGAAGUGGAAGAUGAUAAGAAUGAUAAGAUGAGGAGGAUUGCUAGGACUCUACAGGCUGGUGAUGUUGUAGAGGAAGCUCAUAAUAUCGUUCGAAUAGUCGGGGUAGAUGCUUGUCCCGGAUUACUGAUUCUUGGAAAGAAAAAUUUAUAUUUGGUCGAUGGACUUGUGCAAACUGCUGAUGGCGAGGUGAUUGAUGCGAAAGAUGCUCAGAAAGAUGUCUUGUCUAUUCCAUCGGGAACUCUAGCAGGUUUAGACGCAGGUGAUCAACAAAGUCAUAGAUGGUCAUACAAUGAAAUUGUGGAAAACAACAAACGAGCCUUCCUUUUCAGAGAUGUAGCUUUAGAACUGUAUUUCUCGGACAAACGAAACUUCCUAAUCGUCUUUCAAGAUAAAAAAGAACGUCAAGCUGUCGUCCAGAAGAUUGGGUCUAAGAAUGAUCAUAGAGAUGCGAUCUCUCGGUCAGUCAUUGGUAAUUUCGUGGUGGAUACUGUUGCCAAAGCUAUGGAUAGAUCCGAACAGCAAUUGGAAGCUUUGAUGAGGAAAUGGCAAAAUAGGGAAAUAAGCAAUUUCGCAUAUUUGCAAUUACUCAAUCAAUAUGCCAACCGAACUCCGAAUGAUGUGACCCAAUACCCCGUUUUCCCUUGGGUUCUGGCAGAUUACACCUCAGAUGUCCUUGACUUGCACUCUGAUAGCAGUUUUAGAGAUUUCAAAUGGCCCAUGGGAGCUUUGACUCCAGCCAGAAGAGAGGAUGCGGUAGAAAGAUAUAGUGCGACCGAAGGAGUCGGCGAGAAACCUUUCCACUACGGUACUCACUAUACUUCUUCGAUGAUUGUUUGCGGGUUCAUGAUUCGCCUCUCACCAUUCACCGAAAUUUUCUUGGCUUUACAGGGUGGUAAUUUCGAUCUGGCCGAUCGUCUAUUCUCGAGUAUACCACGAGCUUGGGAAUCUGCUUCGGCAGACAAUAGGGGAGAUGUAAGGGAGCUCAUCCCAGAGUUUUAUUAUACUCCGGCGUUCUUAUGGAAUCUGAAUCACCACGACUUUGGUAGGAAACAAACUUCCGGAGACCAAGUGGACGACGUCAUACUGCCGCAAUGGGCAUUGGGCGAUCCCAUGUUGUUCAUACACAAACACCGAGAAGCGUUGGAGUCCGACUACGUCUCACGAUACCUCUCUUACUGGAUAGACUUGACAUUUGGGUACAAGCAACGUGAUCCAUCCGCCUUGAACUGCUUCCACCCUUUAUCAUACAGAGGAGCGAUUGACUUGGAGAAUAUAGAGGACGAAGGUGAAAAAGCAGCAUCGACCGCUAUAAUUCAUAAUUUCGGUCAAACACCUUUACAGAUUUUCAAACAACCUCAUCCUCAUCGAUAUGUAGGUGGGAAAUCAAGUUUACCCCUCUCGGUUCGAUUCGGUGUAGCAGAGCAUUGGCAAUUGCUUUUCAGAAGUAUAUUACCCAUAUCAGAAGCAUCAGUUCCGAUAGAUGAUAUUGUACCUCCAUAUGGGGUGGAUACCAAACCCAAGUCCACUCAGAAGUUUAGAUUGGUAGUUCCUGGACAUCCUCAUUUAUCGCUACAGUAUGGUUUUACGGAUGGUUCGAUCAGAAUCUAUUAUCAGGAAUCACAGAUCAAACUUAUUCACUUGGUGGAAGGCAUAUAUGUCGUCGAGGCAAUAUUCGCUUCCCCCUCUCUACUCAUCACUGUAUCCGGUCAUGGAGUUUUGACUGCUUGGAGACUGAAUAUAAAAUCAGGUGGAUAUCGACGUGGAGAUGCGACUUUACAGAGAGAAGCUACCCUCAGAGGCCACGUUGGCAAAAUCACAUGCUUGGCAGCAAACACCUCGUGGAGUUUGCUUGUGAGCGGAUCAGAGAAUGGCAAUGCAAUGGUAUGGGAUACGAAUAGACUGCGAUAUACCCGAACGCUACAGACGGGCAUGAAAGAGCCCAUCAAGUAUUGUGCAAUCAACGAAGCCGAUGGUCAAAUCGCCCUGGCUUCAGCUCGACACCUCUGUCUGUUCUCACUGAACGGUCAUCCGAUUGCAUCAACGACAAUCGAAGAGGGAUCUUCUGGAGCAUCCGAUAAAUCCUCUACCUACUCUGAGACAGAUGAUCGAAUCGAAUUUACAGGUGGAAUAUCAUUCUUAAAUCGAGAUUUCCUGAAUGGCGGAGUACUUUUCGUGAUAGGUGUAGGAGCAAAAGUAGUCCUAUAUCGAUGUGUUCCAGGUCAAAAAGAUCCAAUGGCCUCGGAUGAAGAGAUGGUCAGACCUUGGACUUUGGUCGAACAAGGCAAGAUCUCCAGGUCGGAUGAUCAUCUAGGUGGGGAAUGUUGUAUGGUCAAAUUCAUGGGGGAAACACUGUACGCUGCGUUCGAGCCUUCUGACGAAAAGUCGAAAUACAGCUUGUAUCAAUGGUCAUUACCUGAUGGACCGGCUAGACAUGUUUCGGAGAACGUAUCACAUCAUUGCAUGGCACAAGGUUGUGCGAGACAUUUCGGUUUGUUGGAGCCCAAGAGACAUUGUGGAGGAUGUGGAGGAGCGUUCUGCGGUACCCACGCCUUACAUGUCGAAACGUUUACUAUGAGAUAUUGCGAUACCUGCCGGAUCCAAUUAUCCAUAGCUUCCGCGCAAGGUAUUCUGAGGUCAGGUAGAGGUACACUUGCUCCUCCCUCUAGAGCCGUCUCGAGGAGGAAUUCCCUAACUGGGGGACAUUCGAGAAGGCCCUCGGCUGAAAUAAAAGCUACGGGUGUGGUAGGUACGAGUCAGCCUGCUUCGAGAAGAGGUUCGGCGGAUAAAACCGCUGGAACAGGGAAUGUAUAA